AUGGUUUCUUCACCUCACGGCGAAGAAGAGAUCUUCGACCGCCUUCAGAGCCAGAAGAUAGACCCAAAGGUGCUGGAGGAGCGCAAGCAGGCCGUCAAUGAGCGGAUAAGCAAUAUCUACCAGAAAGCCCAGACUCGCCUUGCUGAAUUGAUUGACCAGAAUUCCACCUUACCAUGCACGAUCUCCUCCGUCCAAGUCCUCAAUGCGCCCCGUACGAGACGAGGUUUCCUAGAGAAGGCCCUCCGGCCUUUGCUAAAUGAAAACAAAGAUCGCACACUCACUUUGGCCGAGACUCUGGAGGAGGUAUCAAAAUGCACCAGCAGACUAAGUCAAUUCGACAUAUUCGAGCAUCCAAUUGGUGUUUAUAUUGAUAAGCCUUCACAAGUCGAUCCAAGCACCACCGCUACGGACCUCAGCAUAUACCUUGCUACCAAAGAGAAAUCUAGACUUCUUCUGAAAACCGGAACCGACCUUGGAAAUGCAGAGGGUUCGGCAUAUGGAAACCUACUAUGGCGAAAUAUUUUCGGUGGUGCAGAAACCUUGAAUUUCAAUGCCUCCCUCGGAACACGGACCAGGUCGGCUUACCAAGCUGUUUUCGAAACCCCAAUUCUUAGUGAUCCUAACUACCGAUGGGAGACCGGUGCUGUCGCAAGUGACACAAAGAAACCCUGGUCAAGCCAUGAAGAGGUGUUAAAGGGGGCCUGGACCAAGCUCCGGUGGCUAAAUGGUCACGGCCAUCGACACGAGUUGGCUCUCAAUGGCUUCUGGCGCCAAGUUACCGGUUUGGCUCCUGAUGCGUCUUCGGCUAUUCGCGAAAACGCCGGAGAUAGCGUGAAGACCAGUAUCUCACAUAUGUGGGUUAAUGAUCGUCGGGACAAUCCAAUUCUACCCACUAGAGGAUUUUACGCAAAGACUCUGAACGAACUUGCCGGAUGGGGUCCCUUGAAGGGAGAUGUGUCUUUCUGGAAAUCAGAAGUAGAAGCCCAGACAGCGAUGCCGGUACCCAUUCCUUUCAUUAAGAAGGACUGCGGAAUAAGUUUCACAUCAAGCUUCCGCGCCGGCCUGCUGUACCCAUUGGGCCUUGACUCUGACCCGAAACCCCAACCCUCGAGGAUCAGCGACCGCUUCCAGCUUGGAGGGCCGACAGAUGUCCGUGGCUUUAGGCAGUGUGGCCUAGGACCUCGUGGUGGCCCAGAUGCACUAGGCGGCGACGUAUACGCCGCCGGAAGCGCCAACCUCUUCUUCCCUCUCCCCCGUGUCGGUGCUGACAAGCCCUUCCGGCUCCAGGCCUUCGUCAACGGCGGCCGUCUCCUUGCCCUGCAAACACCCACCGGUGCAGCUCCCGCCACUCACGCUGAGGUUAGAGAGAGCAUCUGCCACACCCUUGCCGAGCUUCAGAACGGCCUGCCAAGUGUCGCCGCUGGAGUCGGACUUGUUUAUGCUCAUCCGGCCGCCAGAUUUGAACUGAACUUCUCGCUGCCGCUUGUUGUCAGAAAAGGAGAAGAAGGCAGAAAGGGCCUUCAGCUUGGAAUCGGAAUUAGCUUCUUGUAG